GUGGCGUAACGUGUUCAGUCGUAGUUCGUCCUUCGCGACGAAUGCUUUAUCUUUAUUAGGUAUUGUCAGUGGUCUUUUUCUCUUCCAUCGGAGAUAGUAAUAAGAUUACGUUCCUAUUUCCUUCGAAGCAUUUUAAUCGUCAAGAAAAAUGCCUUAUCGCGGCAAGUUACGAUUGCUUAGUAGAGCCUGCUUCGCGUUCAGGAACUCUUGUGCCGACAAGAGCAACACUCAUCUCGCUGCUAGCGUUCUCGUCAGGAAUUUCUCUGUAAGCGGUGCACUCGACAUGAGGUUCGUGCAAUUCGUAAGCAAGAAUGGAGGACCCCAGCACCUAGGGGUGCAACUCAAACAGGGUGGAGACAUAAUCGCCGUGUCCGCGGUCGACUCGCGGAUCCCAAAUUCAUUGAAGAAAUUCCUCGAAGGAGGCGAUGAUCUUCUGAAGAAGGCCAAAAGCGAUGACGAUGUCGACCUGUGGACCAUGAUAGAGAGAAUCGUGGCUGAGGGUCGCAGCGUCAUACCGGAAGCGGAGGUGAAGUUUCUGGCACCGGUAACGCGGAUGGACAAGUUGGCAUGCGUCGGCCUGAACUACAGCGGUCAUUGCAAGGAGCAAGGCUUGUCGCCGCCAGAGACACCCGUAGUUUUCAGCAAAUUCCCCAGCAACAUCAUCGGCCCGCGCGAUAACAUCACGCUACCCUCGAUCUCGGACAAAGUCGACUGGGAGGCCGAGCUCGCGAUAGUAAUCGGGAAAAAGUGUAAGGGGCUGAAAAAUGACGAAGGCGAGGAUUGUAUUUUCGGUUAUACAGUGGCGCAGGAUAUCACGGCGCGGGACUGGCAAAAGUCGAAGAGAAACGGCGGCCAGUUUCUCCUCGGCAAAGCCAUGGACACAUUUUGCCCGCUGGGGCCGGCAGUGGUCACCAAGGAGUCGAUAUGCGACAUCAACAAUCUGUCCGUGAAAACAUGGGUGAACGGCACGAUAAAACAAGAAGGGAACACUAGCGAACUGAUCAUCAAGCCCCAUGAGAUCGUCGCCUACAUUUCGCAGUUUAUGACUCUGCUGCCAGGAGACGUGAUUUUAACCGGUACACCGGCUGGCGUGGGAUUCACCCGUAACCCACCGGAGUUCUUGCAGCGUGGAGAUGUACUAGAGACGGAGAUAGAGAGCUUGGGACGCAUGAGGAAUAAAGUUCUCUGAUCUGAUGCCUGGGGAAGUACAGGAGCGGUUUGCCCUGAGAUGUUUCAGGGCCAGAAUCAUCCUCAGAACGACACGGAGGAAUCGCGAUGCGUUCUGAACAGAUUCAGUGCACGUCCAUGAGAGAGGAAAGGAAACGAUUCGAGACGAUUCGUAUAAAACCGACACAUGUUCACGUUAACGACCGUUCUUCCUGAAAGAGAAAAUACCCGAAAGCCUAAACGCAUAAAUACACAUGUCUUGAAUAGUGCUGACAGACACACGUACGCGCGCACGCGUUUUAACGGAUACACGUACUACACACACACAUACAGGUCUUCAUAUGCACCACGUAUUUUGCGUCUUUGUACAAUUAUUCUGAGACUGUUCUUCUAAAAUUGAUAUCAAUUUACUGUAUGCGUCUUUUUUAUCGCGAUUGUUUUUUUACCAACCUCUGCGAACUUCUAUUAAAAUAUUUUUAGAGGAACCGUGGCGAGUGUUAUCAUUGUAACCUUUAACGUAAUUCUUUUUAUCCCCAUUUUAGCAGUCGGAAAAUCAAUAGUUUAUAUAUUUUUCGGAAUGCUUUAUAAACUAUUAAAUAUAAUUUGUAUAAUUUUCGUUUGAUUCUUGUAUGGUUUUCCUUGAUCAUAUUU